UUCCCAAGAAUUCAUCAAUGGCCGACAUUUCGUACAUCUGCAAGCGCACGGUGGUCAGCACAAAACCGGUUCAACCCGGAAAAACACACCCCCUAUCGGCCCUCGACCGUGCCAUGGAACACAACCGUGUCCGUAUUGUUUACUAUUACCGAACCCCACCAGGGAGAGAGGUUGGAGAAGUGACCAAGAGGCUCAGAGAGACUAUAUCCGAAAUGCUUACUAGUUUCCCAAUGGUGACCGGACGGUUGCAAAGAAACGAAGAAGGACAAUGGGUGGUCAAGUGCAAUGAUGCGGGUGUUAGAAUGGUUGAAGCGAGAGCUAAAGGGAGUGUGGGGGAGUGGUUGAAGAGUGUGGAUAGGGAGAAGGAGCUUAAGCUUGUUCACUGGGAGGACAUGUUCCAUAAAAUCUACUUCUGGUCCACCUUCUAUGUUCAGCUGACUGAAUUUGCAGAAGGUGGGCUAGCAAUUGGCUUUAGCUGCACCCAUCUUCUAGCCGAUCCCAUUUGCGCAACCAUGAUUAUUAAGGCCUGGGCCGACACCUCGUUACUAGGUGAAAUGCCUAAUCCCCCUCUCUUUCACUCCUCCUUGCCACUAAUUAGGCCAGUCAAUAGUAUCAACCACAACCCCUACACCCACUUAAUCAACCAUUACAAAUCCUCCCUAGACAACUCAACCCCUGUCACCAACACAAAAUACACAACAAUAGCCCUACUAUUUACAAACCCUACGGUGCAAGCCUGCAUGGAAAUGGCCAGAACUCAUCCUGAAGCCCAUGGGACCCCAAUAUUUCCCUCCCCAUUUGAGGCUCUAGCUGGGCUGCUCUGGACUUGUAUUAGUAAUGUCAAAGGACGGAGAGAAGGGCUUAUAAACAUGUCUAUCUGCUUAGAUAUGAGAAAGAUCUUAGGUUUAGAUGAAGGGUUCUUUGGCAACUGCAUGGUGUACAAUUCUGUGCAUGGAGGGGAUUUCAAUGGACAUGAAAUAUCAAAAGCUGCUAUGGCUAUACGAGGAGUGAUGGAGAAGAUGGACAGUGAGGGGAUCAUGGAUUUAAUCCAAUGGCUGGAGUGUAAUAGUGACCGAUUUUCGGUACUGAUGGGUGGUUGUGAUCAUCUCAUUUGUACAAACUUAGAGGAUGUGGAACCAUAUUCAGCCAUGUUUGAAGAAGGGUAUGCACCGGUUAGGGUUUCAUAUCACAUGGAGCCAGUGUCCACAGAGGGGCAGGUUUUGAUCCUUCCAGCGCCACCAGAGGAAGGACCAUUGAGCAGGGUGGUAAUGGUUACACUUCCAGAGAAUGAGGCUGUUAAGCUGUGUAAAGAUGUUCUUGUUUUAAGCUUUUCCCCUACUAUCUUAAUGGGAUUCAACAAAAACUAAUGUUCAAAGACAAGAAAAGAAUAUGCAGACUAGUUUGUAUUUCUCUAAGACCCUUAAACCAAGGAAGUACUGUUUGGCAUGCAAGAAAAUUUGAUCAAGUGUCCAUGAAUUAAUAUGGGUUAGCAAUUGAGUUUGUCC